AUGAAGACGUAUCGCAGGAUCCUGGUCGCAGGCGAGCAAGGCCGAGAGCUACGAGAAAUGCAUAGGUACAUCCGGUUUGCGGCGAAGCAUCGGAGUGCGGAGCACGCCCUGUGGCCAGGCUGGAAGUUCAGCCGCGGGACCCUCAUCUCCACUCCGUCCAUCGCCGUGUUGAACACGAUUUACAAGGCUGGGCACGACGAUGACAAGGAGCACAUGCAACGCGAAAUCCACUCGCAGUAUGGGGGGCAGUUCCUGUGCAUGGAUGGCACGUGGCGCAUCGGUUUGAGGGUCAUUGAUUCUCCGGACUGCCUAUUUUUCCUGUUGGGGGAGGACGCCAAGGUUCACUCGUACGGAGCUGUGCAAAGCGAAAGGAAGGAGGAAAUAUACCUUCUUCUGAAGAGGUACGCGGAGAGACGGAGGAGGAGCGGCACGCUGCUCGCUCUGAAGUGGUUGUACGACUACCUCUGCUGUAGAGGGGCUGAUGAUGUCACCAAGGGGUGGAUACUCGAUAUAUUCGAGGGAGUGAUGCGCAGGGCACUUGCGAAUUCUUUCCACUUUGGGCAGUACGCCNAGGAGGAAAUAUACCUUCUUCUGAAGAGGUACGCGGAGAGACGGAGGAGGAGCGGCACGCUGCUCGCUCUGAAGUGGUUGUACGACUACCUCUGCUGUAGAGGGGCUGAUGAUGUCACCAAGGGGUGGAUACUCGAUAUAUUCGAGGGAGUGAUGCGCAGGGCACUUGCGAAUUCUUUCCACUUUGGGCAGCCGGACCUUGAAGAGGUAGCGGCACACUUGAAGCGGGUAAACCCGGGGAUGUUGGAGAUGGAGGCCGAGGUAAUGGCCAAAAAGAGAGCGUGGUCGCCGUUCGUUCGGACGUAUUCCCGGCCUGCACAAGAGGUUGAGGACGACCUGGUGAAGGACGCAGGCGACUACGUCCAGCUUGACCAGGCUGCCAUCGCCAGGAAGGAGCUGCCACUGCUGCGUAUUGGGAGAGUUUUUGUUGACCUGGGAGGGAAGAAGGCCGUUGUGUCUGUCGGGGGGAAGUAUUACCCCAUGAUUGUGAAGGAUGAUUUCACAAGGCGUGCAUGGAUCUAUUUUCUGAGAAAUAAAUCAGACGCUGCGAGUGCUUUCCGGAGUUUUCUUGCUAGUGUGCGUGCUGAUGGAAUCCCAUCAUUGGUUGAGACUGUUAGAUCUGACAAUGGAGGGGAGUUUUUCGGUGGAGAAUUUGCAUCUGUGUGCAAUGAGCUCUUGAUUAAGCAAGAGUUCACCCCAGCUCAUAGUCCUCAAUACAACGGUGUUGCAGAGCGUGGCUUGGGAUUGAUAGAGGAGGCCGCAAUGGCGGCUCGUAUUCAGGCGAAAGUUCUUUUUGGGCAUGUGCAGUUACCUAAGACUGACAAACUCUGGGCUGAGGCGAUGCACUGGGCUUGCGAGGCACUUAAUCACACGGCUUGUUCUGCUAACCCCGACUCUAAAUCGCCGUAUGAAAUGUGGUAUGGGGAAGCCCGUCCUGCUAGACCUUAUCCGUUUUUGAAACCGGCGUACUGCAAGUGGCAGCGACCGUCGAAACUUUUCCCGAAGGGUGAGAGUUGCUUUUAUGUCGGUCCUUCGAGAGACCACCCGCGUGAUUGUCAUCGAGUACUUACGAGGGCUGGGACUAUUCAGGAAACGAGGGAUGUAACGUGGGAGGCCUUGCCGUCACAACUCCCUCCACCGCAACCUCCAUUGCCGAUAGAGAUUGCGGAGGAGGGAGGGGAGGAAAGUGACAACGAUGUAGAAACUGAGGUAUGGCCGCUUGUAGGGAGGGGAGUUGCCCACACACUGUUGCGAAAUAACGCGGCAGUGGUCCCCUCUGGUGAAGCAAUUGAUGUGGUUGAAAGUGUUGACGCAGGCAGUGUAGGUCGAUCGCCGUCUCCCCCUUCUGUGCCAUCUUCGCCCGUUCCCUCUGUGUCUUCUCCAGCACCUGAGUUCACCGAUGGUGAUGGGCAGGGAGGGCAAGAUGUGGGGGAAAUAGAGUCGAUGGGUCCGGGAGAUCAGGAAACAGAUCCUGUAGGGCCGGGAGGGCAGGAGGUAGAGGCAGAGGCAUCUCCUCCAGUUGCUCGUCGUCCGCGGCAUGUAGCUGAGCUAGCUGAUUUCAACAACCCUGCGCGUGAGAAUGAUGAAGUAAGAGAAGGUAGAACUCGCGCGCAAACCCGUGCAGUUAAUCAGCAGAGCGUGCCAGGCCUCGUGGCCACCCUAGGGCCCGUCUUCGCAACAGAAAUAAUAAAUUCAUUGUUGGCGGAGCAGAGAGCAGGUGAUGCAGUGGAAUUGCCAAAAGAACUAGUUCAGGACGUAGAGUCUGAACCUGGUAGCUAUCAGGAAGCCCGGCAAUCGAAGCACGCCGCGAUUUGGGAUGGAGCUAUGUCUGCAGAAGUUGAAGGCUUGAUAAGGGCAGGAACUUUCACGUUAGCGGUAAAGAUCCCAAUAGGCUGUAACGUGAUAGAUGCUAGAUGGGUGUUCAAAUGGAAAGCAGACGAAACAGGGAAGAUAGUGAAGGCCAAGGCUAGGCUUGUCGCGAAGGGCUUCAGGCAGAAGUAUGGUGUAGACUAUCUUGAGACUUUCUCGCCUACUGCAAAUGCUGCAUCAAUUCGAUUGUUGGUAGCAUUGGCGUGCAAGUAUGAUUUGGAAUUACUCCACUGGGAUAUUGAGCAAGCGUUUGUUCAGUCGAAGUUGGAUCACGAGGUGUUCAUGAAGUUGCCUCCUGGCUGUGGUUCGAUGUCAGGAAAGGUUGUCCGUCUGAACAAGAGUUUGUACGGAUUGAAACAGGCAUCUAGGACAUUUUACAAGAGGCUUGUGUCGGAUCUGAAGAGGAUUGGUUUCGAGCAGUCUCUGUCUGACCCCUGUGUGCUGCGUUUCAUGAUGGGAGACGAGGUAUUGGGGAUGGUCGCGAUUCACGUGGAUGACAUUCUGUAUGCAGGAACUAAGAGUCUUGCCAAGGUGGUCGUAGAGGCACUAGGCGAUUCUCUUCCUACGAAGAAUUUGGGAGAGGUCAAGUUCUUUCUUGGUUGCGCUUUUAUUCGCGACCGCGAGGCUGGCACGAUUGAGAUUUCUCAGGAGAGUUACAUAAGGAGUGUGCUUGAGAGAUUCAAAAUCUGUCGCACCAGCUCGAUCCCUGCUUCCCCUGCUAAUGAUAACAGGUCCGUGAUGGAGGAUGAGGAGGCAGGAGAUGUGCCGUUCCGAGAGGUGGUGGGGUGCCUGAUGUGGGUCGCCAACGGGACAAGGCCCGACAUCUCGAAUGCCGUGCGGGCGGUGGCGAGGCACUCUCAUGAGCCAAAGAAGAGAGACUGGAAGGCAGCUCAGAAGAUUCUGAAUUAUCUUCUGGCAACGGCACAUCUAACUCUGAAGUACAAGAGAGACAGUACGGUUGAUGACGUAGGCACGUUGGUGUAUGUAGAUGCAGACUUUGCCAGCAAGGCCACUGACCGUAGAUCAGUUUCGGGAGCACUAGUCAUCGUAGCUGCUUGUCUUGUAGCUUGGCUUUCUUGGACGCAGAAAUGUGUUUCACAGUCGACUUCUGAGGCAGAGUAUCUUGCGAUGGGCGAUGGUGUGAAGGAGUCUCUGUUUGUGAACGGAAUGCUUCAGUUCUUGAGGCCUAGUGUAGAGCCUCGUAAGAUUGACGUCCUUGAGGACAACGAGGGAGCGAUUGCGCUCGCAGAGAAUCCGCUUAGCUCGUGCAGGAGUAAGCACAUCGAUGUGAGGCACCACUUUCUUAGGAAUUUAACCGAGGAGGGUGUGAUCGAGAUCACCCAUGUUCCCAGCGAAAAACAACAUGCGGACAUCCUCACGAAGGCUCUGCCGAGGAGCAAAUCGGGUCCCAUUGGCGCCAUGGCAGCGCUGAACAAGCUCGUCAAGUGCCUCCGGAAAGGAUGCGGCCAGGAUCCGUUAGACGUCGACCAAGUGUAUAUCCCGCUUGGUAGAGGGCCGAAGACUGGGCUCAUGAGGUGGUCCAAGAAAGGAGGGACCGGAAAGAACGAGAACUUCCACGGUGGCAUCAACCGCCUGGUGAACGGCGUGGCUCGGCUCGGUGCGGAAGCGUGCGAUGCGAGGCUGCUGCAGCGCAUACAUCGUCACAACCACGACAUGGACCGUAAGCUUGGCCGCACCAGCAAGCAGUCUACCCUAUGGGUCUGGAGGGAGCGUAAGGCGAACGCUGCAGCCGAGUCGAUCCUCACGUCGCGCCCGUUCCCCCGAGCGGGUGACACUCCGACGGUGGCCGCGGAGGACUUUGAGCCGAUAGGGUUCGAAUACGCCGAACAGAGGAGAGCCAACGCUCUGACACACGCAAAAACCGCCGCGGCGAACUCGCUAGUCAACACCCGUACUUCUCUGCCGUCGACGACGGCAGGAGAUACCAGCCGGACGGGGGCCGCGGCCGUCGGGGCAGGAGCGUGGGCUCCGGCGGGGACCGCGGUGGGUGCAUGUGCGAGGGUGAUGCCGUUGCCGUUGACCAACAGAGGAGGUCGGCCGGGAGCGGCGGCGUUCAUGCCGUCCACGAUAGCGACAGGUUCUUCCGCCGGUGCGGGGGCCGUGCCGCCACUGCUGUUGCCGCCAACGGCGACAGGAAGGACUGCCGAGGGGGCGGGGGCCGUCCCGCCGCUGUUGUUGCCGUCAACGACGACAGGAGAUGCUGCCGAGGGCGCUGCGGGUGCCAGUGGCGGCGGGGCGAUGGGAGGUGCGACCAGCAGGACCUACCGCAGCAACGCUGGAGAAGCCGCCGCCCAGGACAUCUCGCGCGGUAACUACGGGGGGGGGCGGCGUUUGCCUUCAAGGCACCCGACCCUGGAGAGGGUUAAAAGCGUUGACUCCGACAAGUGA